CAUUCCUCCUCCAGCCCGCGCCGCCGAGUUACUGCUUACCGUUACUGCUCCACGACGCCGCAGCGACACUUCUACUUUCUACCAGCGAGAAAAAGAGUAAAAGACAGAAAGAAACAACACUCUGUCCUCCGUACAUUCACAGAGAGAAAAAGACAUUUGUGGCCGAAUAAGCGACAUAAAUCUUCGACUGCGACACGAGCCGAGCGGCUCCUCACAUCCGCCUGCGCCGCUCAGUGGUGGGUGGGGGUGUUCAACUCAGAGUAUUUUGCUUGUUUUAUUUCUUCUUUUUUAAAGAAGCAACAUGAAAACCAAAUUCAUCACCGGGGUCUCCUCCUCGCCCUCCUCCAUCGCUCUGGGCAUCCUGGUGACCGAGAACGCGCUGCAGGUCCAGGCCGUCGUCGAGGAGGACUGCAAGGACCUGGUCCGCCUCGAGCAGCCGGACCCGGAGACCCAGCGCAUGGCGUACCUGUGGUGCCGAGAGUUCCUCCACGGCGCGUGGAAGAGCCUGGCCAGGGACGAGUUCCACAUCACCAUCAUACGGGGUGGUCUGAGCAACAAGCUCUUCCUGUGCAGCCUCCCUGACCGCCUGGACCCUGUUGGGGACGAGCCCCGCAGCGUCCUGCUGCGCCUCUAUGGGGCCAUCCUACAGAUGUCCUGUAAUAAAGGGGAUUGCCGACAGUCAAACAGAGAAAAUCCGUACCAAGGUGCGGAGGCCUUGGUGUUGGAGAGUGUGAUGUUUGCCAUCUUGGCCGAGAGGGAGCUGGGACCUAAACUCUACGGCAUUUUCCCUCAGGGCCGGCUGGAGCAGUACAUGCCGAGUCGUAAACUGGACACCUGGGAGUUGAGCGUCCCGAGCAUCUCAUCGGAGGUAGCGGAGAAAAUGGCCCAGUUUCACGCCAUGAGGAUGCCCUUCAACAAGGAACCCAAGUGGCUGUUUGGAACCAUGGACAAGUACCUGAACCAAGUCAUGAGGCUGACCUUCAUCAGAGACUCUCAGCUGCGUCGCUUCAACCGCCUGCUGGCCUACAACCUGCCGAAGGAGAUGGAUAUGCUCAAGUCUCUGCUGGAUUCCACGCGCUCUCCUGUCGUCUUCUGCCACAACGACUGUCAAGAAGGAAAUAUCCUGUUGCUGAAGGGCCAACAGAGCUCCGACAAACAGCAGCUCAUGCUCAUUGACUUUGAGUACAGCAGAUACAACUACAGGGGAUUCGACAUCGGCAACCACUUCUGUGAAUGGAUGUACGACUACAGCUGUGAGGAGUUCCCCUUCUUCAAAGUGAACGCUCAGGCCUACCCUUCCAAGGCCCAGCAGCUGCACUUCAUCGAGAGCUACCUGCGCGACGCCGAUCGAGGGUUCGACAACCUCAGCGAGGAGGACCAGAUGAAGCUGAAGGAGGAGAUGCACGUGGAGGUCAACAGGUUCUCCCUGGCGUCCCACUUCUUUUGGGGCUUGUGGUCCAUAAUCCAGGCCCGGCUCUCCACCGUCAAGUUUGGUUACAUGGAGUACGCCCAGGCCAGGUUUGACGCCUACUUCCAGCAGAAGAAGAUGUGGGCGGUCUAACGGCGCCCCGCGAGGGGACUUGCAGGUUAACGAAGAUUUGACUCCGCCCACCACGCUUUACUUGCGCUCCCUGUCUCGAGGGGAUUCGAUGGCUACCGUUGGUGUCGUGUUGACCAAACGGCCAGAACUCGAUCACGUGGCUAGGCGCUUAAGGUACGCCCCCACCACCACCACCACCACCCCUAAAGCUCCAUAUGCAGCUCAAAGUUUACACUGACUCCCAGAGAGCCCCCCCCCCCCCCCCCCAUGUAGAAACUUAACCACAACACAAAGAAACACUGACUUGUACUAACCCUCAUCACAGCUGCUCUCUGCUUCUGCCUUGUUGGAACCAUGCCACUAACACCAGGGUGACGUUUGGAGCAGGGUGGGGGGGGUACAGCUAAAUUGGAAAUGUUGACAUUGCAUCAAUGUGUGUGUACUGGUCAUUCCCUGUUGGAAAUUACCAUAAUGUGAUCUUCUCUUGGUAGAUUGCUGCUCACAGAAGCAGCCAGUUGCUAAUUAUGUAUAUUGUAUAUAGACCUCAACAUGCCAGUAGCCCCCCCCCCCCCCCCGUCUGUUACCGACGGGCCGGCGGGUUGGCUGGUGGAUCCAUAACUUGAUCGACUGGUCGGAGUGCCGUCUACACUUGUAGACGGCACUCCCUUGCUGCUUGUUCGAUUUGUCUUUUUUCCUUUAUUUUCUAUUGUCAUUUGUAUUUUUACAUUUGUUUCUUCUUUUUUGGCCAGCGCAGUUACAGUCGUGUUAUUUGCAAAUCUGUGAAUAGUUGCGGUUCAUUUUUCUGGGGGGCCGGUCGAACAUCGCCUAUUAGGUCUGGUUCUUGGUGGCUUCCCAACUAUUGAAGCGGUUACGCUGACCAGCUGUCACUUUUACUGACUGAUGUUUGGUAGGUUUAUGGUAUUAUGAAAAAUAACUGGGACACGUACAUCCCGAUGCAUUGGGUAUUAACACCUGCCCUCUGAUUUAGCCCAAAAGACAUUCAGCCAUGCUUUAUAAGCCUGGGAGAGUGUCGCUACGCAGCUAACGGACUCUUAUUUCUGCUUUUUUACUUUUAUAUUUCAUCGCUGCAUGAAAGAAGAAGAUAAAAAUGUUGCAAAGUGCGCGACAGCCUUAUUGUGGUCCUGUUCUCUUUGCUGAUGACCGGGGGUUGUGCCUACUGCCAUCGUCGUGCCCACGCUCCGGGACAUGGACCCAGACGGUCCCGACACACUGGCGUUCUCUGGCUGUUGCUGUAUCUGCUAAUGAGAGCCGAGUCCUAGCCGGAUCGCUGUAGCAUGCUAACAAUCGUACUCAUUGCACCUGUAACAAAGGGAGUGCCUGGGCUCGCCUCAUCGGUUCUGCUUCGUCUUUCUUCUUUGCGGAUUAGAGUUCUAGAUUGUUUCUGAUGAGAGAGAACUGUGGCCCAAACAUCGCGAGACGAGUCCAAUUCUACCCGGACGGCAACCUCCGUUUUAGCCGAGUUCCGCCAAAUGUCUACGUCACUCCUCCACAGUCCAAAUAUAGUCAGAAAACAACAUGGCGACGGCGAAAUAGCCAAACUCGAGGCUUCGUGACAGCGGUCCACAAGCGUUACGAUGACUACGUCCACUUCUUGUACGUCCUUUGAUUCUACCUCACCCCAUCAAGUCAUCACAGGGCGCGUUCGUAAAUAGCCAGUCGGAGCGCUAACUGGACCUUCACUUACACAUUUUGCUAACGCGUGUGGAAAUGAAACGAUAUUUCCUCAGACGACAGCGCGCUGUGUUUGAUUGGAUUUACGAAUGCACCCUCACGUGCACCGUGUAUUACCCACAGAUGGGCAGAUUAAAAUAAGUCCGUAACAUCUUUACUCUGAGUUUAUUAUCAUCUUUGCUGGGCACGUCUCAUGUAAGUGAAACAUUUAAAGCGAUUUAAAUUAGCAAGCGCAAGCUAGCUCACCACAACGGGAGCGGUGACUAUUGGACUUCAUUAUGAAUAAAUAUUAGUCGCAGCAAACUUCUCCAUGCUAGAAUCCUAUUUUUCACAUUUCAUUACAGUGAAUAAUAUCGGACUCAAAAGUACCUUUCGCUAAGGCUAACCCUUCAGUAGCUGUUGCUAGCCGUUGUGCUUAGAUUUUUAGCGUUAGCUUUGUCUAGCCAGCUAACGAAGCGCAGGUUCCGUGUGUUUGCUCUCCCCCGGCUGACUUUUAGUUGUUUCCAGAUCAUUCUUUUUAAUUCAAGAGCCUCUGUAAAGAAGAAGGGCUCUUAAAUACGCACUUUACCGCUUCAAACGUGAUAUUGGUAAAAUACUGAGACUCAAAGCUUCGGUUAAAUGUUUCAGGAAAAAGAAAGACGUGGAUCAAAAAAAGGAAAGGAGCAGCAUUCAUCUUGUGUUUCAGUGUAGAGCCACUUGGCCCUCGUAUUGUAAGUAUGAUAAAGAAUAAUAUACAGUAUGACCAGACUUUUUUGGGGGUCUAAAUGCCUUUAAACUGGGGGGGGGGGGGGUGACGAAUUUACCACUGCAAAAUACUCGCCUGCCAAUGUUUCAUCUAAAUUAUUCAUCGCGACAGCAAAAAACUGAAAGAAUUCCGUGACUUUGUUGUCACGUGACAUUUGUUAAAAACAGGACGCCGUGGCUAACGUUAGCCUAAACUCUGACCGCAUCCAAAGCCAGCGUCCACAGUUCGGUCAAUGCAACACAGUCGGCUUGUAUUGCUGCUUUAUUUUAUUUUAACAGACUCUUAAUAAAUCAUUCUCCAAACUCAAUUUUUUUAAUGCAGUGUCCCUCUUCCUGCACACCAUGUGGGACGGGCCUGUUCCGCCAGGUUACAGGCGCUACGCCAUGAUUGGACAAUCACCGUUUGGGGGAGGGGAUUCGGCAAAAGGUUUGCUUUAGGUAGUUUGGAGUCGUACCGCGUGGGAAUCCUAAAGUCGAUACUCGUUUUUCCACAAAAUGUCUGACUGACAACGGAAAGGCCGGCGUGCGUAGCCGCGUCUGUUGCUGUUCAAAUACCGGCGGUAGCGUCGUGUUUACGCCGGGUCCAGACUCCCCGUGUACCGGUGAGCACCGGGACUUAGUGCGGAAGCCACCUAAUAACUUGUGAAGCCGGCUGUGGGCAUUACCUCAUGGAGCUGAGGGAGCCGGGCUGGACCGUGAAACUAGACUAGAGCCCACUCGGCUGACCCCGGAACCACCCAGAGGGGUCAGCAGCUCCACUGAGGCACUUUUGAUGGACCGGAAAACACAUAUGUACAAUAUAUUGACUUUGUCUGUGAAACAUUUGGGGGUUGUUGAACUGUGACUGUUGUUGAACUGUUAGUUUCAUUUUUCCAUGCAAGUGUAUAUUUUUAUUUAAUAUUUCAAUGUGUUUACUCUAUAGUUUUACAGCAGAACGUCUCGUGGAUUUUACUGGACGACUAUUACAGAAGUGUUACUGCUGAAUUUAGCUACGUCUUCAUUUUAGCACCUAUUCUUUCUUUAUUUUUUUAAACCAUUAAGUGGCUCUGUUCUGUACCAACAUUAGUAUUGAUGUUGUCAUUUAUGAAUGAGUUGUAUUUGUCCUUCCCCACAUGCUAUUUCUCUCGAGUUAAUUUUUUGUUCCUUUCCAUGAUUUCGUUGUAUUUGUUGGAGAAAAGAAAUGACACCCUGAUCGUUAACGACACCUGGACACUCGACCAAAAGAACUACACAUUUAGAUCCGAUCGGUUCCAAUCAAACUGAUCCCUCCCGAAUGUGACAUCGGUCCCCAGCCACAAACACCCUCGCUUCGGUUCAUACCUGGAAUUAAAUGUAUGUAAUAUUCCAUUAAAUUUAUUCAAAUAUAAAGAAUCACAAACUUGUAAAUUUUUUCAUUCUUAAUGAAUGUACAUUGUGUUAAUGUAGUUUUGUUUUGUUAAAACAACGACAUUCUUUUCUGUGAAAGCACCCACAUGCGGCUAAUUAAUAACCUUUGCUAUCUAUGCAGCUAUACUGAAUGCAUAUGUGCUAUAAUAAACUGUGUUUGGGUGAACUUGGCUGUAAAUGUACAUUUAUGCUUUGCACAAACAAAAAUAAAGAACUCAAAUGAC